AAUAUAUUCAAAUAGCAGACUAUUAACAUAAUUGUGUGGAUUAUCUACUUUUAGGUAUACCUCUUGUAUUCAGAAACUCUCCCAUUAUCAAUAAAAUUACACUUGAUCUAAAAAGAAAAAAAAAUAUUUACAUAUUGAGUGUGUUGAUCCCCCUAAGUUUUCUGAGUAAAUUUAAAAAGAUGAUAAUAAAGUUUUGCAUUUUCAGAAACAAACAAUAUUUUGAGACAACAUAACAUAUGAACACCGGCAACCAAAUCCAUCUAUUCCAAUUAAUUCUGUACGGUCUUUGAAAUAUUUAUCAGGCACAUACCAAAAGAAAAGCUAUCAACAUUUCCAGACUUUGUGGCUUAAAUUUUGUUAUUGAUGAUAUCUAUAUGAAGAGAUAUUAUCAGAUUUUCUUACUCAAGAGGUUCUACUUCUUCAUACACCAUUCUUGUACCACCAUCCGCGUCGGUCAAGAUACUACUUUAGACAGCUUCAUCAAAAGUAAUAUGCUACUUUAACCGGAUAAAAAAAAUCCGUAAUCCUAUAAAGCAAUAUGUCAACAAUAACCCAGAAUCCCAAGACAAGAAAUAGGAGUAAUUCACAGUAGAUCAUUAUAAAUGUAAGUCAUAACAGCAAAGCAUCAGGUCCUUAUAACAUCAACUCUAGUGCAGGGUUGUGACCUCGCUUAAAGCGAGAAGCGAAGCGAAGCUACCCAACCAUCGCUUCUGCUAUCUGAAGCGUAGCAGGUAUUUAAAAGCGGUCGCUUCCCACUAAAAAGCGAGAAGCGACGAUGCGAAGCGAGGCGACUGAAGCGAGCUCUUCUCUGGAACAAUGUGGUUCAUGCAUUGAAGAUUGGUAAUCCUUUAGUUAAAGUGCUUCGUUUGGUGGAUGGGGAGCAAAGGCCACCAAUGGGCUACCUUUACGAAGCAAUGGAUAGGACAAAGGAGGCUAUUCAAGACUCUUUUAGUGAUCAAAGAAAAUACAAAAGAGUCUUUGAGAUCAUAGAUAAAAGGUGGAGCGAUCAGAUUCAUCGUCCUUUGCAUGCAGCUGGACUUGUUUUGAACCCGGAACUGUUUUAUGACAAUGAAGAGAGGAUUCUAGAAGAUGAAGAAUUGUGGAAGGGAUACAUUGAAUGUAUUGAGAAGUUGAUACCUGAAGAAUCCGUGCAAGAUAAAAUAAUUUAGUAAUUAUAGGAAUGCUGAGCAACUUUUUGGAAAAAACAUGGUGAUUAGACAAAGAAAGAUGAAGUCACCAGGUGAGCGAGUGCUUAUAUGUUGCUUCAUAGUUAAUAAGUUAUUUCUUUAUCAAUAUUAUGUUUUGAAUAUUUGUUCUACUUCAACAAUUGAAUGGUGGAAGCAAUAUGGCCAUUCCACUCCAGAAUUACAAAAGUUUGCCAUCAAGGUUCUAAGUCUAACAUGUAGCUCAUCCGGGUGUGAAAGGAAUUGGAGCGUGUUUGAACAUAUUCAUACCAAAAAGAGGAACAAACUAACCUUGAAGCGUCUCAAUGAUCUAGUCUUCAUUAAGUACAAUAAAACAUUGAGACGUCGUUACACCGCUCGCAAUGUAAUUGAUCCAAUUAGUUUGGACAACAUCGAUGAUGCUAAUGAAUGGCUAACUGGAGUCCCGGAAGAUCAUGCAGAUGAAGAAAUAUUUGAGGAAACUUCUGAUUUCACAUGGGGUGAUGUUGCGGAGGCGCGUGGAAUUGGGGAGAGGAUUUAUGGUUUGAGGGGGAGUACCUCAACUUCAAGUUCACAGAGGAAGGGAAAAGAAGCAGCUACUUUGUCCCUAGUUGAUAAAGAAGAAGUUGAAGAAGAUGACGAGCAAUAUAAUAAUGAUAGUGGAAUACAAGCAUUUGACAAUCUUGUAGAAGAAUAGGAUGCUCAUUUUGUGCUUUAAUUGAUGCUAAUCUUUAGUUUUUACAUUGAAGUAUUGA